AUCUGAUGACAUGGACAAGCUAGAGAGAAUAAAGAAAUUAAAAGAGGCCCGAAAGUCUGCGUCCCAAGAAAACGACAAAGAAGUUGGCAUAGAGAAGAGGAUAAAACGACUACAAGAAGUCAAAAGUCGUUCAGAUAAAGUAUUAGUUCCCGAUCACCCUCUGGAGAAACCAAACAACCCUGAGGAUAAAUCAAAAGUAUUGAACUAUACGAUUGAAGACACAGAUAAAUGGAACCAGAAACAGGAGGCUAAGCGUCUUAAGAAAGGCAAAGGAUUCGAGAACUUGAAUCAAGUAGCUGCAAUGACUUAUAAAAAGGAAAUAGCCGAGUUGGCAAUCGAUAAAGAAGCAUACAAGAAACACCAACAGCAAUUCAAACACAAGUCCGGCGACAGAGAAAGUAUACAUAACGAUCUAGGGCUCAACCAUAAACCCAGUUUGGAAGCAUCCAAGGCUCUUGUGGAAUCUAUUCAAGAAAGUGAUGCCAGGAAGAUGAAAAAGCGUAGAAAAAAAGACGAUGGAACCACAGAUGCCUUCAUAAAUCAGAAAAAUCGAGACUUCAACCGGAAACUAGAUCGCCAGUUGUUAUCGAAGGACUGAAAGCCUCUCCACCCUUCAAAUGUAAUUGCCUAUAGCUUAUAGAUAGAUAAAGAAAACAGUUACCCGGAUA